CAUAUAUAGUGAAUAAAAAAAAAAGGAAGGAAAAUGAGAGUGUCAUUAUUAUUAAUCUUUCGACUUUUAUAUUUUUUCAAUGUAUAUCAAUUUACUAACGCUUGGGAUAACGAGGAGUUAGAAGUAUUCGAUGUCGUCGAAGAAGUUAAUCAAAAUUUUUACGAAGUCCUUGGUGUACCACAGGCAGCAAAUGCCUCGGAGAUCAAGAAAGCUUUCAGAAGGUUGUCGUUACAAUUGCAUCCUGAUAAAAAUCCUGCAGAGGAUGCUGAGCAACAAUUUAGAAAACUAGUUGCUGUGUACGAUGUGUUGAAAGAUCCUGGCAAACGUCAAAAAUAUGACAAUGUCCUUGUUAACGGAUUGCCAAAUUGGCGAUCAGCUGUAUAUUACUACCGACAUGUACGAAAAAUGGGACUUUUAGAAUUAAGUAUAAUUUUAUUUUUAAUCAUCACAGUCGGACAAUAUGUGGUAGCGUGGGGAGCAUACUUUGAGAAAAGAUAUACAUACGAACAAGUUUUAGGUAGCAAACUUCAGAAAAUGCAGAAGAAGAAUAAGAAAGGUAAAAUGGAUGUGCCAGAUUUGGCAGAUAUUUUGGAGAAAAUACCAACGCCAACCAUAUGGAACACUCUACCAUUUCAAUUUCCAAGGUGGAUAAUAGCGUUCACGUUAUCCAUACCGGAUGUGGUACGCGUGAUGUAUAGCUUAUUGGAGGAAAGAAAACGUAGAAAGAAACUGGAAGAAGAAGAGGCAACAGCCCAAGAGACUGAACAGUUACCACCUGAGCCCACGUCUCGAGCAAGAAGACGCAGAGCUGCUUUUACCCCUCAAGAAAGAAGCGGCAAUAAUAUCAAAGAAGCAUCGAGGAAAGACCAAACGAGCCACGUUUAUCAGAAGCCUGCGUUGUUCGGUGGUUUGUGGACCGACGAUGAUAUAUUAGAGUUAAUCAAACUGGUGAAAAAAUAUCCUAGCGGUACGCCAGAAAGGUGGGAUAAAAUUGCAGAUGCAAUGAAUCGUACGGUUGCCGAAGUGACUCACAUGGCGAAAAAGAUAAAAGAUGAAGGGUUGAAGCCUGGCGCAUCUACAGAGGAAGUCGUAAUAGAAGAGCGUCCGAGGAAAACGAAAACGCGCGCUGAAAGCGUGGAUAACGUAAGUGACUGGAGUCAAGAACAGCAAAGAGCGCUCGAAGCAGCGCUCAUAAAAUAUCCGAAAGGCAUGUCCGUUGAUAGAUGGGAAAAAAUUGCAAACUGUGUCGAGGGAAAGACAAAGGACGAGUGCCAAGCAAGGUAUAGACAAUUGGUGGAAUUAAUAAAAAAGAAGCAAGAAACUCAAUAGCCUGCCAUGUACAAGAUUGUUCCUUCAACAAAAAAUGUGUAGUCCAUACAAACAAGUCCAAAAGAAUGUAUUCAAUCAUCUAAAGAUACAUAUUUCACGGCUGUUGUACAUUUAUAAUAUGGAUGAAUUACAGAGAAAGAUUCUCUUAACAGAGGGAGGAAGAACGAUAAAAAAAAAAAGAA